UCCACGACAGCUGGAAGCUGUGCGAUCCGGGUGCUACGGUCAUUUUUUAAAAAAUAAAAUUCUCUGCAUAAUUCAGUGUAAACAAAGAGAGUUUCAGCACCAUGGGAGACAAGAAGAGUCCGACAAGGCCGAAGCGGCAACCCAAGCCCUCUUCUGACGAAGGAUACUGGGACUGUAGCGUUUGUACAUUUAAGAACAGCGCCGAGGCAUUCAAGUGCAUGAUGUGUGAUGUCAGGAAGGGAACAUCAACACGGAAGCCGCGUCCAGUUUCCCAGUUGGUUGCACAGCAAGUAACCCAGCAAUUUGCCUCCCCCACACAACCAAAGAAAGAGAAAAAAGACAAGACAGAUAAAGAAAAAACUGAAAAGGAGCCAGCACUAAAAAAGAACAGCCACAAGAAGAUGAGGCCAAGAUUAAAAAAUGUGGACAGGAGCAGUGCACAGCACCUGGAAGUCACAGUUGGAGACCUGACUGUUAUUAUCACAGACUUUAAGGAGAAAACAAAGUCCGCGCCGACGUCCAGCGCUGCCUCGGCAGACCAGCACAGUCAAAGUGGCUCCAGUUCUGACAACACUGAAAGAGGAAUCUCCAGGUCGUCCUCUCCCCGAGGGGAGGGCUCAUCAGUCAACGGGGAAUCCCACUAAAAGCACCCCUCGUGUACCCCCUGUUUAUUUAGUCAUUGCUGAACAUGCACAUGUUGUAGAACUUAUGCCAAGAUAUACCACAAGUCCUGGUUACAGGCGAGACACACCCCCCGUUUUCAUGAUAUGCAGGCAUUGUGGUUGGCAUUUUGGAAGUCUUCCAGAAUGUUUUCUGUCCUGGUCAGUUUGUUGUUCUCAACAAGAGUUGUUACCCAUCAAAAUCAUUUAAAGUCAAUUGUAAUUUUUUUUUUGUUGUCCCUUGGUGAUGAGAACACACAGAAAAUUGUAUUUUUAUCCCCAAUUGGUACCAGCUGUAGAGCACCAUGUGAAUGUGGUAGUAUUUUACAUCAAAUCAGUGUUAUAUUGUUAAUAUUCACAGUCAUCUAUUUCUAUCCCUUUUCAACAUGAAAUCUAUUGUGGCAUGAAAUGGAUCAGGGGUUUAAGCAAUUGUUUAAGAUAGACGAGUAGCAUUAUGAGAGAAAGUGUGAAGCGGCUCUCUCUUAUGUGUAAAAUGACAUUGAUAAGUCUAACUGUGAUAGCGACAGAGCUUUUUCUCACUGACUUAAUGCACCUGCUGGUACUUGGUGUGGUUUCAUGAGAAAAUAUUCUUUAAAAAAACACGUGUAUUAUGUUUUGCCAACAUUUUACAGCACGUUAUUAUAGAUUAUAUCACUGUUACAUUUAUGGGUAUAACCAA